CACACAUCUUCAUAUUUGGAGCAGGAUUUGCAUCCUUCUAUCUUACAUAAGUAAAAACUGGUUUUUAUGUCUCUUUAGAGGUCCCCUAGUUUGAAAACUGCUGUGUUAGCCCAAAAAAAAAUAAAUUGUACAAUCACAAAUAGUUCUAUCAAAAAUAAUUAAUUACUUGGUGCAUCAGAGGUGAAGUGUUAUUGUAUUAGUUGUCUGGUUUAUGGUACAUAUAAAAUUACUCAUGUAAAUUUCUAAUUUUUUCUUUUUCAUUAUUUUGAGAUCAAUUCCCAUUUUUAAAAAAAAAAAAAAAUGUUUUUUAAAAGUGUUUGCAUUAAAAUAACUGAUGUUCUCGCUCCUACAUCUACUGCUUACAGGCUUCCUCUACAGCCAGGACAUCAAGUUACUGGAGUUGGAACACAAACACUGUGUAACCAAGUGUGCCAGUGGAUUCAUAAACAAUGUUGAUAAACUAGUCUUCAAAAGCAUCAUUAAUUUUACCCAGCCCAGUAAUGAAUUUAUAUUUUCCACGUACAUGAUAAAAGAAACGACUACCAAUGACUACAAAAAGGUAAUUAGAAGUUAUGUUGCCUACUUUUAGGUAUCAUUUUUAAAAAGUUAAUUUAAUAGCAGUUAUUAAAUAAAGCUAUCUUAUUCCAUUUUAAAAUGUUUUAGCAGCUUAAGAAAUAGAGAGGAGGCCUUUGACAAAUUGUUGCUCAUUUUUUUUUUUCUACCUCUAUUAAAAGAUAUGUUAAUUUGUGAUACAUUUUGUAUCAUAUUUGCAAAUACGGUACUAGUAGAAUUAGUUUAGCUAAUUUCUUUAUUUAUAACUGAGACUCACUUUUAAUGUGUCUUAGGUUUAAGAGGUUACAUGAUACACUUUAAACUUGUAGCCAAAUGUAGCUAAAUUUAUUUUUAUAUAUUUAUUGGACGGUUAGAAUUUGACAUCAUUCUUUAUUGUAAGUAUUUAAAAGGUAGGUGUUGUAAAUGCUAUAGUACAAAAAUCUUAAAACACUUUUUAGUCAUUAAAGUAACAUUGUCACAUUUAGUUAACAGAUAAAAGUGUUGUAAUUGAACCUUAAACUUAUCAACUCAAAAUGUGGAUAAUAAUUUGCAAAUCGUUCUUUCUCUCUCACUUUUUUUUUUUUUUUUUUUUAAAUUUUAUUUUUUUUUACGCCAUUUUAAUUUUUUAAACUUUUUUUUUUUUUAUUUUUUCUUUUUUUUUUUUUUUUAAAUUUGAUUUUUUUUAACGCCAUCUGAAUUUUUCAAACUUUUAUUUUAUUCAGUAUUACUGUUUUGCACAAUGAAUUCUCAAGUUCAACUCACAUUAUCUGCUAAUUACUAUAGCUGAUUUUGUGAUUUUAAAUUAUUUUCUGUUUUGAUACCCUUUCAGUUUACCUGCUUUUGCAGGCUCUAAUUAUAUCAACUGUUCAAACAUCAUAUUUCCUAUAUAACAUAAAGAGAUAUGUUUAAAAAAAUGUGCUUCAAGUUAAAAUAGCAAGCUGAUUACUUUACAAAACCAUUGCAGAAUCAAAUAUUUGAGAUUCCAUUAAAAUAAAAAACAAACAAAACUGUCAAGUUCUUGUAAUAAAAUAAAAUAAUAAUAGAUCCCUGGCAUUUUACUGUUUAAUUACAAAUUGUUUUAAUUAAGGAAGAAAGAAAAAGGGAGGGUUUUGUGGCAAUAAUUCAGUACACAUUGAUUAAAGGGAUUAAAUAUAAUUUUAAAUUUCAGCUAUUUCACAUCCAUCCUUCAUCAGCAUGUAUGGAGAGGAAAGAUUUGGACUACUACUGUGAGAAGACAGGGGAUAAUAUUUUUCAUGUAUAUAUUACUCUACAAGCAGAGCCAAAAUACAUUGGUGCAGAGAUUAAAGCUGUCUUGAGUGAUGCCAAUAAAAAUGAAAUCAGCUCGGACUACCAGAUUGUCCCAGAAACUUAUGGUAUUUAAUUAUUUACAACAUCUUUUCUCAUGAUAUUUACUUAAAAAUAUCUUCUGCAACAAAGUUGUUUGCAAUGCUUUUCCAGUUUUAAACAAUUGAAAGUGAAUAUGCAUUGUUUUUAAUGGCAUAAUAUUUUUACAAAACAAUAAUAAUUCUUUCUACCAAGCGGUACAAUGAUAUAUUAUGAAUAUGAAAAAAAAAGAGAUAUAAAAUACCAGUAUGGUACAGAAAUAUAUUUCUACUAAUGCUACUCACCUUAGUUAUUUUGUAUAUUCCAGCCAGUUAGUAAUUCCUAAUUAAAUAGUUGUUUUCCUAGGCAACUUUUAUUUAUCUGCUACAUAAUUUGUUGCUACAUUUGUUCUGUUAAGACUUUUGAUAUCCAAAUUUAACUUGCUUUUAAUUUUAAUUAGUUUGCAUGAGAAAAUCUUUUGUGAUCUCUACUAAGCUUUUCCUCUUCUUAUAAGGUUACUCCUUUAGUAUUUAAUCUUCUCAAAUUCUGUAUAGUUUAAUGCAGGCAUUGACAACCAUUUUGCGAAGAGGACGCCAGGGAUAUAUUUUUUAUAUUUUUGUUUGCAGGUCACAUGAUAAUUGUUAAUAUAGGUCAUUAAAGAUGGACUUUGACAAUUCAUUCCGUGUUCAUUUUGCAAAUAUGUGUAUGUGAUUAAUAUUAUUAGUUUGACACUUUUAUCAUGUUAUUAAUAUUCAAAGGCUUUUACAGAUAAUCAUUCACAAUUUGAACAUUUUCGGAAAUGUUAAUCGGAAGGCCAUUUGGGCCGCAGUAAAGGUUUCAGCAGGUCACUGGUUGCCCACCCCUGGAUUAAGGCCUACAGAGCUUCUUCUUAUGAGAAGGUUGAAAAGCAGCUACUUGAAACAUUUUUAAUCAUGUUUAAUUAAUAGUAAAAGGCCAACACCUAAGUAAUUAGUUAAAAAAAGCUCUGAUUCAUACACCUGAUUGUUGUACAUUUAAUUUUAGUUGUUUAUUUCCUCAGAUGCUAGAAAUGUUACUGGAACAAUUACAAUAAAUGGAGAAAACUACUAUAAUGAUGAUUGUAGAGCAAACAUAAGUAUCAGUGACUUAAAGCUAGAGUUUGUUUGUUCAAGUCCAGCAACUCCAUGUCUCAUAGAGAUCCUGACAGAUGACACACAAAAUGUUGCAGCAUUUAAAAAUUCCGCUGUUCUGAAACGAACUCUUAGUACUCAACAGAUUCUAUUUGUAACUUUAAAGUUUGCUGCCUGUAGGCUGGAUGGGGCCUACAACAAUGUCACCUGUAGAAUUCAAGCUGGUAAGUGUUAAAACAUUAAAGAUAAAUGUAUUAAUUAAAGUAAAAUGAACAGCACUUACUUAUGAAAGGAUUAUGAGGCAUUUCAAGGUGUUGUCAGAUUUAAUUAAAAGGCAUUAUAUUUCUUUUUACUAUUAUUUUUAUUCUUAAAUUGCUAGCGUCAAUUCACAAAUGUUGUAUCAUUAGUUGUUGGAGUUUGGUUCUUUAAUGGGCCAUGGCUGACAGAGAUUAUUUCUUCAUAGCUGUUACACUACGUCAAAUAAAUGUAUUAUAUAUUAUUAUUUUAUGCAUCAAAAGUUUUGUUUGUUAAUCAUAAUAUUUUUUUUUAUUAAGACACUGAUAACAGCCCUAUGUCCAUUGCAACAAUUGCUCCGAUUAUUGGAUCAGUCUUCAUGCUUAUAAUACUACUCAUUUUGUUCAUAUUCGUUAUCAUAAGGUAUGGGAUAUUAUAUAUAGGCUAAUCUGUAUAUAUGUAACAUAUAUAUUUAUAUAAAGAUAUAUGACAAAACUGAAUAAUAAAAAAAAUAUAUAUAUAAAAUAUAUGUCGUAUAUAUUAAGUUGUCAGAGACAUAAUCAAAAAGUGAAGGAAGAUAUGUUUAUAUUUAAGAAUUUUACUUUUUUCCAGAUUUAGGAAAUAUAAUUCUCAACAGAAGUUUGAGAGGGAAAAUAUACACAUAAGGUAAAAAACCAAAUGAAUAUAAAAACAUGUUAAUCCUUAUGUAAUUGUAAACCAUUCAUGGUGUCAGUUGCAUACUAUUUUUGUAAAUAUUUUUAAGCAAAACGUAUUUAAUGUUAUGAGGCUUUAUAUAAGUGCUGUGACAAUGUAAAUACGCCAAUGGCAAUAAUUAAAAUGCAAUUCCUAUCAAGUGCAUUACAAUUUAAAUUCAGUGAAGUAUUUGCAAGUAAAUAAAAUCAUAUUCUUUUUAACAAUUUUUUUAAGGGAAAUGGAAAAUCUGUUUCCACAUGCCGAUGGGGAAAAAGGUAUAUGAAACUUUUUAUCAAGCAUUGAAUGUUAUAUAUUUAUCUUAUUUAAUAUUUUACCAUUUACAUUUUAUAAUUUAUAUAUAAAAUAAAAAAAUAAUAAUUUUCUUCAGUCAUGAAUGAAAGAUAUAUCAUUUCUAUAAGAAGUGUUUUAUGAUUAGGGAUGUAAAAUGAAAACGGGGUUUUAAAGCUGAUUCAAAAUUGUUAGUUGAUUCUCACAAUCUGGUUUUUUAAUUAUUUUUAUCAUCGCAUAAAAUAAUUCUGCAGGUAUGCAUGUAUACAUUGCUAAAAGGCUGUGUUUAUUAGGCCCAGAAGCUAACACUAAUUGGGAUUCUUAUAAAGUGAAUAGACUUAAAUAAAUGUUUUGUCGAGUAACCUUAUUAGAUGGUGAGUUCACUCUUUGCCGCCACCUUUGCAUCGUUUGUUGGGAUAUUUCUGGUGAGAUAAUCGAAAGGGAGAAAAAAAAAUUAAAAUAAAUUUAAAAAAAACAAAACACACAGACUUUGGUAGGCUACUCUGUAUCAUUAUCAGCUGACUGAUGAUGAAAACUGGUUGCUACAUUAUUGGUAAAAGGUCUUUUUUUGCGCUAGUUAUAAACAAACUGAUACAUUGCAGUCUUUCAUAAUCCCCCCACCUCCCAAAGUUUGAAAACUUCUUACAAAGUAAAGAGAAUGCAGGAAGAGGAAAAAAAAUAUUUCAAGAAUAUGAGCUGACUGAAAAUGCCCCCCCCCCCCCUACACAUACACACAACCACUGAAUAAAAAAGCCUUCAAUCAAUGGGAAAACAGGCCACAUCCUCACCUCUAACUACAGCAGUGGUUGGCACAGUCUUGUCAAAUAUCAUGUCGAUUUAAAAUGGCUGUGAUGACAUUUUGGAAUUCAUUGCAAAUCAGUGAAGUGUGGAAACUAAAACCCCCAUGGACCACUUCCCUUAUAUAACACAGCACCCCAAUCCACUCAACGCACCCAUAAUAUAUAUUCAUGAAUCUCUAGUUUCCUUAGCAACUGAUUCCAGGCAGUAGGGGUGGACGGCACAAGGUCCUUUUUUUUUUCUUAUGUCAGGGGUACCCCAGGGCUCUGUUCUAAGCCCCUGUUUGUUCCUAGCAUACAUUAUUGAUCUACCAGAGAAACUGACAUCCCAAGCAAGACUGUUUGCAGAUGACAUGGUGGUACAAUCGCCAACAGUUCUGACCAGGACCAGCUACAACAGGAUCUCCAUCAGUUAGCUGAGUGGGGUGAUGAGCCUUUAUCCUGCUGCUUUUAUAUUAUGCAUCUCUAGUCUGGGACCCAUUCACCCAAAGGAGCAUCAACAGUUUGGAGGCAGUCCAUCAAUGGACAGAAUGUUUUGUCCUGAACUGCUACAGGCAUACUUCUUGUGUUGGCAGCAUGCUGGAAACACUAGGCUGGCAACCAUUGGAGGAACGAAGACGAUUAUGCGGGCUCUCUUUGAUGUACAAGAUAAAAAUUGGCUGGUCCACUGCUCCAGCAUUAAACAAAAACUUGUACCUUUCCCCCCAGACAGCGAUGAGGCCAUCAGAGGCUGUUCCAGCUCAUAACAGCAGGAACACAGUACAGGAACUGCUCAUUCCUGCCAAAGACAAUCAGGGACUGGAACAAGCUUCCAAAGGGAACCGUUAAUGCGAACAAGCUUUCAAAAGGAGCAGUUGAGGCAACAACACUUGACACAUUUGCAUCUAUUGCCUCAGGCCAAUCAACCCCCAGUUCAUGAUACCCUCGCUAAGUAAGCUUUGCAACCAGUGAAAUAUCCCAUUCAAUACCAACCAAUCACAGAAGCAUUGUACAUUCCCUCUAUGGAAGUAGGAACAAGAAUGAUCCAUACAUUGUUCCUGGGUCCUCAAUAUAUAGAAGAAGAAUAAGAUAUAUAUAUUGUAUUUUUUUUUUUGUUUAAUUUUGAUGGUAAGCACCUUUACAUUACCACGGCACCUAUUUAAAAAUAUUCAUUUACUAAUGAAGAAGUAAAACAAAAUAAAAAAUGUAAUAGUUUAAAUAAUUAUUAUAAAAAAAACAUAACUAAUAAGUAGGCCUAACAAUAAAAAAAAAAGUUACCUAAAUUUCAUCGCAUUUCUAUGUUGCUUUUUAAUUAUUUGUAGAUUAAUUCAAAACUAAAAUCAAAUAUGAGCGAAAGUGAAUCCUUGUAUUUUUAAUUUAUCAAAAAUGUUCAGGCCAAGGUCUCAAUAUGCCCCCUUCCCAGAUCCCGGUCCCCAGUUUGGUUUGGGAGCUUUCGUCAUGCUUGAUUUCCCUCUUUACCCCCCACCCCUGUUACUUUUCUAUAUGCAUUGAAACCUGGAAUUAAAUAAUUUAAACAAUUUAUACUGAAGAGAAAGUUGGUGCUAUUUGCAGCUGCAGCUAGUUUUAAAGAAACAAUGAUUCAGACGUGGGGUGAGUUAGCACAUAUGUCAAGGAAAAUUGUUACAUGGUAGGGCUGUUUUGUUUAUAUACCCCACUGACCUAGUCUUGUCAGCAUACCCCCUUCCAGGUAGUGUGACCAGUUGAUCAAGUUGAUAGAAUAAUAAGGUGCAAGACCUGUGUCUGCAGUGAACGUUUGGCCUACAUUUAAUUAAGCCACGCGAAAUGAUUAUGUGUAAGUACUGGUUGUAUUCCCCUACGAUUAGAUAGAGACUCUUAGAUACAAGAUGAGCACAUCGAUGGGUGACUAGGUUUACGUGGCAUUUGCUAAGUAAUAGAUAGGGCCAUCCAAUAAUUAGCUGCAAUAGUUGUUAAUCAGUCGGAAGUCGGCCAUGACCACUUUAAUCAUCAGAGUUUGUGCUGGUUCUGUCUGUGGGUGCGCAGAUGGCUAAUGAGGCCGAUUCUGGUACAAAAUUCUCUUGUGCAGUAGGUGCAGGGGAAUGAUGGUGCAUCUCAGGGAGCAGAGUCAGAACAGGCCUUCUGGACAUGUCUCUUGCGCUCUGCAGCCGCUGCUCUGCCAACUUCAUGCUGCAUGGAGCUCCUGUUCAAAGUGGAACGCCAUGAAGUUUGAUCCUUUGCUUGUUCCUCCCACAUGUCUGGGUUUAUGUUGAACGCUUUCAGUGAGGCUUUUAUGUUGUCUUUAAAGCGUUUUUUCUGCCCGCCAGCAGACCGCUUUCCUUGUUCAAGCUCACCAUUGAAAAUUCUUUUGGGAAGACUGUCAUUUGACAUUCUCACAACUUGUCCCGCCCAGCGAAGCUGGGACUUCAUCAAGGUUGUAACCAUGCUGGGGAGACCUGCCCGUGUGAGCACCUCAGUGUCUGGGACCCUGUUCUGCCAUUUAAUGUUGAGUCUUGUUGUAUGAAAUAGUAAUUCCAGGAACUUAGACUUGUGAUAGUACUCUUUAUAUUACUGCGAGAUUAAGAUAUUGUUAGUGUCACACCUUUCAUAUCUUUUAAUGUAGAUUUUAUGUAUUGUUCAUAUUAUGCUCAAUGUUAUAAAGUUCAUUUAUAUGGAGCACUGAUAGUCUUCAAAUUGGCCUGUAGUGUGUCUAAAAUCUACCUGUUUUACCCCCUUUUCCAAUUCCCCUAGACCACUAGCUUGUUCAAAGUCAUGUUACAUCACAGGGGGCAUAACACAGUGCUGAUUCAAUGUUCUUGAUUUCCAGAUUUCACUUUGCCAAAAUGCACUAUUUUUAGAUAUUUGUAUGUAUUUCUCUUUUUUUUGGGGAGGGGGGGGAAUGCGAAAUGUCUCGCUACACCACUGUUUCUUCCCUCAUAUGAGCUAUCCUACGACAGCCAUUAUUAUGCAUAAAAAUUCCCCAUUUCCUGUAAUUUACUAACCACUUUAUCAAUUUUAAUUGAUGAAAUUUACUUUUCUUAUUGGAAAUAAGAUUGGCUAUAAGGUAGUACAUUAAUAUUCUUAUGUUUUGGCAACAAAAAAUCUUGACCAUUUAUUCAGGAAUCUCAUAAAUGUUUAAUAAAGGAAGAAGAAAGAAGACAAGAAAAGCAAAAUGGUUAUUACUGCUAUCAAAUUAAAAGCUAUAAUAUAGUAUAAUUUAAGUAUAACCAUUUUGCAUUGUCACAUGAAAUCUAUAUUUAUUUUAAUUUAUUCAGAAUUGAAUAUUUUUCAACAUUUAAUUAAAACUACAUUGGCAGUAAUACUAAAUUUGCAAAAGAAUAGAAUAUUUUGUUGAUUUUAACAAUAUUUGAUUUCAUAGAGACAUAAGACACCUAUUUCAAAAUCUUGUGUCCCCAGAUAAUGUGGGCCAUUCAGACAAAUCAACUUUAACAGACAUUUACGGACUUAACGUUGUCCUAAAAUGUAAGUUCAAGUUUUAAAUUUACAUCCCCAAUUGGUUGUAACUCCUAAUAACAUGUCUAGUAUUAUUUGAAUGGUAGAGCUUCUACCUCACAACAAGAAGUACAGUUUAUCGUCUGACAUUAUUCUCAGUGAUGAGAAAUAGAUGGGAGGAAGAAAAAAAACAUGGUUAAAGAAUUAUGCUUUAUAAAAAUGGAACGACAGCCCACUUAGAAUAUUAUGGAAAAUUAGUUUUAUUCUCAUUCCUGACAUAAAAAUUUAAAAUAAAAAUUGCCAGGCGGCAUAAUUAAAAUUUAUCCAAUAAAAACAAUGUCCAUAGGUGACCCCAUCAGUGUUCAACACAAGGAUGUACAAGUGGAUGAAGGUGCAUUUGUAAAUGAGCACGUUCUCACGGGUGAGAUAAUAAUUUUAGUUUCAUGUAUCUGAAUUAAAAUAUAUAUAUAUGCAUUUACCUAAUCAAUACUUUAAAGGGCCACUAAUAAUGGUGCCAAAGAUAAUUAUUGUGCAUUGGGAUGUGAAGAGACCUCCAAUAUUUAUGCCUAGUACACACACAGUGAAAGUUCAUAAUGGGCUGUCUAUAAAGUAAUGUCACACAUUAUAGGGAGGAUGGGGGUCUAAGAAAGAAAAUGUGACAUUUUGUGAUUACGGGGUGGGGGGUUGGAGGUCAAGGGGGUUGUCUAAGAUGUUAUGCAUUGUAACAAAUUGUAUAAGUUUGGUUUUUUUAUCAUACAAAUAAAAACAGAAAUUGACGGUGAUGUUAACAUUUCUGAUGUGAUUGAUGUAUUCUGAUAGAAGAUUUCAUUUUUAUACAUUUAAAAGUUUAAUACUAAUUUAAUUUAAUUUAAUUAUUAAUUAGUUUUUAAUUUCUUAAAAAUUUUAUUUUGAGAGGUAGUAAAUUUUUGGGGGUUGGUUUGGGUGGUCUGAGAUUUUUAACAGAUUUUUACAGGUGGAGGUAAGGGGGUAACAUUUUUUUUCCAAAAACAGCUUGACAUAUUUUAUAGAAAGAAAAUAUAUUUUAUUUUCAUUUUGUGGACAUGAUAUAAGUAUUGAAGGACUUUAGACAUCCUGUGAUUCUUAAUUUCAAGUAAUUUUAUCAUACCAUCAUAUAUUGAUAUGUCCUUGAAUAAAAACAUGCCAAUUGAUUGAGCUUAAUAUGUUAUGUCCCUGUGCUUUAUUACAGUAGGGGUUAUAGUAAUAAAUCAUAUUUCAAUACAUACUGCACAUCCUUAAGGUGUAAUGCUCUGUUUGUGUUCCAAAAUUGUGUAAGUUCACUAUAUUCUACACAAGCUAUUCAUUAUUUUUAAUUAACAACCUUAAUUGUUUUUUUUCCCAACUUAUUGAAAUUAACUUAAUAAAAAUCUUAUUUUCAGAUGGAAGAACUGAACCUAUCAUUGAUCUAAAGAAAGAGCG